AUGCUGCCAGCCAAGGUGCCGGUUAGGAGCAGGUCCAAAAGAGGAUGCUGGACCUGUCGUAUCAGGCACCGCAAAUGUGACGAGGGCCAUCCGUUUUGCAAAGAAUGCGACAAUCGCAACAUCCACUGCCACGGCUACGGCCCCCGGCCGGAGUGGUUGGAUGACGCGAACCAGGUCCAGGCUGAGCUCUCGCUGGUCAAGAAGGCUGUCAAGCAGAGUUCAAGGCUGGCAAACAAGGGCCCCAUCAGGCCUGUUGGGACAGACCCUCAAUUGCGGACAAUCUCAGCUAAACAACAGCCAGACGUGGUCACCGGGCCCGAGCAGGCCUUGUGGGCCUCCUGCCCGAGUCAGGAAAUGCGCUUCCGAGAGGCCGAGCUCAUCAUGCUGUAUCUGGACUACAUCUUCUUCAUCCAGUAUCCUUAUUAUGUUGACAAAGCAGAAGGCGGCGGCCGUGGUUGGCUUUUCUGGUUGUUGCUCAACAAUCGUCCGCUUCGGCAGGCCUCGCUGACUCUGGCCGCACUGUAUCAGCGGACCAAGUUUGCGGGAGGGACCGAGUACAUGGAAGCGGAGCUGAUAGAAUACCACACCACUGCGCUGAGUGCCAUGCGACAUGCCUUGUCGGGAAAUGAAGGCGAUCUUGCACUAGAUGUUGGUGAAAGGCUCAUCACCUUUAUCUCCAGCGGCUGCUGUCUCAUUAGUUUUGAGGUGUUGCAAGGCGGUUCAAAGGGUUGGCAGACUCACCUUGACGCUCUUACAAAUGUAGCGAGCAAGAUUAGACUGCCGCCAUUCGAUGAUCGGGAUGAUGAGUCGCCGGCACAGCAGAUACCCAUCGGCCCAGGCUCGUCUCUCCGGCGCGGAAUGAGGUAUGCAAGGCGCUUUGAAAUCACAAAGUUACUGUGGUUCGAAAUCCUCUCGACUGCCUCCUCCGGCGUACCUCCACGCAUGCCCUACCGACAAUGGCUUGACUCGGAAGAGAUUCUCAUGGCAGACUUUGUCGGUUGCGAGAAUUGGGUGAUGCGAGUUAUUGGAGACUUGUCCAUGAUCGAAGCGGGAAUUCACUGCCCCGGUUUGGAAGAGAGGCGAGAAUCGCUGCUUUCAUGCUACAUCUCGCGAGUGUUUGCAGCCGGAGCCCUUGUCCAUCUGCACUUGAUCCUUUCAGUCACUCACCCCGCUGAAGCCGAUGUCUACGACGCCGUUGGAUCUGUGAUAAGGGAGCUUCAGCAGGCCCCUGAGAAAGUAUCGCUUCGAGGUGUGGUUUGGUCCAUCUGCCUCGCGGGAUCGAUGGCUCGACCGGACCAGCAGCCAUUUUUUGAGCGCCUCAUGACGCGGAUCCUAGAUAACUCGGAUACCAACUUUGGGAACUGCGAAAGCGUGCAGCGCAUCUUGAGGCAUUGCUGGACGAAGCGACACGAAGAUCCGUUGGCCGAGUGGACUCUGCGAGAUGCGAUGGCGGAGAUUGGAGACUAUCCGCUGCUGGUGUGA